AUGAGUUCUAAACAAAGCAAUGCUUCUGCUUCCAAGAAGAUACGAAUGACAAUGGCUUGUGAACGUUGCAGGUCUAAAAAAGUGAAGUGCGACUUUGCUCAUCCUCAGUGCGCUAGGUGUCAACAAGCAAAAGUUGAAUGCUCUUAUGACGGCAGUGCUACCCAAAUCGAUUUAUUUAAUUUGGUCAAACUAAACGAGACGGUCGAUUUGCUGCAAAAACGAGUUCAGUCAAUUGAAUCAGACAUUAAAGAUGUGUGCAGUAAUACACAGUAUGUUGCCAACGAAAUCAGGGUGAAUCGAGAAUCUUCGACCGAAAAGAAGGAAAAAGAAGUAGAAACAGUACUACAGCCUGCAUUGAGGACAAGUACGAAUAAUAUGAGUAGACUCAUGGCUGCACCCAGCGCACAAUGGUCUUUAUCGCUCACACCAAAAGGACUUCGCAUAGAUACAAACAUUGCAUCAUUGCAUGAUCUUUACGACAUUCUAUUAUCUGGUGUAUCUCAACUUGAUUUUGCAUCGUCAUCGUCUUCGUCCAAUAUGCCGGACACAAACAGUCUUGAGACAUCCUCACAAUCUUCUUCCAGUACAAAUGGUACCGAAAACACUCGUCUCGAUAAUGCUACUUUAAGGAAAAAGAAUUCGCUGUGGAAGACGAGAAUCAAAGCGUUUCCUUUGUAUAGCUCUUGGGAUCCUGAAAAUGUUUGUACAAAACAACAAGAUAGUGACAUCAAAGCAAUCGAAAAAAUGCCUAAAGAAGUAUUUACACGCAUGAUUUCUAUUUUUGGAGAAUGCUUUCUAUGCUUGCCCUGUUACGAUCCGAACAAUUCAAUCGCCCUUCGAUUCGAGAACGGUACACUAGACCCUUUACUAGCAAAUUCUGUUUUUGCUUGGACAGCACGACAUGCUGCUAUUUACCAUGACUUGUUUCCUGGCAAGGACCCUAAUCAAGUAGGCCAUGCGUUUUUUCUUAAGGCAAAGUCUCUAGUAAAAGAACGAUUUAUGAAGACAAGUGUGGAUACAAUGAAUAGUCUGUUGAUCAUGUAUAUUUAUGCUAUUGGAAUUCCCAGCAAACACAAGACCGAAGUCGAAUCAGAGGCUUAUAUUUACCUGGGCCUAGCGAUACGUAUGUGCCUUGACCUCAAGAUGAACAUGGAGUCCAAGAGCGAUAAUCCCUUUGAAAGAGAAAGUCAUCGUCGCUUCUUUUGGUCCCUCUUCUUCUUGGAGACAUUAGGCUCAAUCCAUUCUGAUAGACCAUUUUCUCUUCCUCCUAGAAACCAAAUUACAGUUGGUUUUCCCACAGUGAUGAAACACGAAGAAAGUGGAGAGAAAAGGUACCGAGUCGAGUUCAUGAUACAAAGGUACAAAAUCACACGUAUCUAUCGAAACAUUAUCUACAAGACGACCGAAGAAAAGCCUUUACUUUCUCAGAUAUCUGCUAUUGAUAAAGAACUCGAAGAAUGGCAUAAAACACUACCCUCUUACUUUCAAUAUAAGCAAGGUGAUAUACAUAGAAGAAACUGGGCUUCUACUUCGUUUAGAGAACAAGCUUGUAUCAAACUGAAUUGUGAAUAUUACUUUCAACUAUCUCAACUUUACAGCCAGUUUUUUUCCAAGUGUACACAAGAAGAAAAUUCUACAAUUGAAGUGUUAUCCAGGGACAUAUGCCUAAAAGCAGCAAGUAACACGGUCGAGCUAUUAGAGUGUUGGGUACAAUUAAAGCAGUUGUGGUGUCAUUUUUCUCUUGAAAAUUUAAUGAUGGCAACCUCCAUCUACGGGAGCAUCUUGUCUGAACCAAAUAGAAAUCAGCGGGAAAUUGCACAAAAAAACUUAGAAAAAACUGCAAAAAUCUUGGCUACUUCUCCAGUCCGACACCAAAAAUAUGUAGUAACGCUAGUCGCUCGAAUCAAAGCUAUCUUGAAAGAGGCUUUGGAUAUAGAUUUGGUGAUAGAAAAAACUCCCUUAGCUGGGACUGUCUCUAAACUUUGUGUUCAUUCAGAUGUGCCUAUCAUGUCUACCAGUGAAUUCCCAAUAGCUCAUAUCUCAUUAGGAGCUAAUCCACUUAACCCAAAAAAAUUUGAACCUACCACCAUUCCUUCAACAACAUCUGAUUUCGAGAUGCAUAAACCCGAUCAUUUCUCACAAGACAUGCACUUUUCUGAUUUUGUUUAUACACCCACUAUUCUUGACUAUGGAAUGGGCAACAAUAAUUUAAUGAUUCCAAGAGAAUAUGUCCAACAAGAACACUCAUUCUCUUCACCAUACAACCCUCAAGGCUAUAGUCCUCACGCAAUGACUUCGUCUCCUCAACCUAAUACAAAUAUGCCAUUUCAUCCACCACCACCACAAUUACCACUUCCACCUUCAUGGGUACAAGUUAAUUCAACCCCUCAACCAGUUAUGUUGGAGCGCUCUCAAGAAGGUUAUUAUUCACCGCAUCAUCUGAGUCAAUCUUCUCAACCAUCUGAUCGAAUCAAAAACUAUUACAAUCAAAAUAGUUAUGAUGGACCUUAUUACCGUUAA